GAAUUUCUAAAUACUAAACCACGCACAACGAUGACGCUUCCACACAAGUUGAGCCUCAGCAAUUCAUAGAUUUCUCAAACCCAAGGAGACAAACCAUUAAGUCAACCAGUACUUUGAAUUUACAGCGAGAAUGAACACAUUAACCCCAAACCCACAUCAUGCAUCCCUUCUCUCACUCACUCACCUCCUCCACCUCACACACCACCGCAAUAAAAACCAACACCGUCUCUCAAAAUGGUACAUAUCCUUUGGAAUCCUCCGCCGCCAAGUAUCUCGUCUUCUAUCCAUUAUCCCAGAACAUGUGAUGGAAUCAUCACGUGGAAAAGUGAAAGGGAAAGCUCGGGAACGAAAAGAGAGGGAAGAGAGGGAAUUACAGAGUUUGGUUAAAUUUAUUCAAGAGGAUGUGGUACCGGGAUGUUAUCUGGCAUUUAGUCAAUUAGUGGCCAAUAAUCAAUAUGCUACGUUGGGAUUAAUGUUAAUGGGAUGUUUGGCCCGAUUGUAUAAAGUUCUUGGUGCACUGAGAGUUUUAACUGCAGAGGAAAUCGCCGAACAAGCAGGAGUUGUGAAAGAGACGCCGCAGUUGAAUGAAGCAGAGAUAGUCGAGGAUAUGGGCGAGAAGAUCAUGAGGGAUGUUCCAGUUUCAGAGGUGGAAGAUAGUCAAACAGUGGAGAGGAAAGAGGAAGACGACACUGAUGUUAAGAAAGCGAAACCAAAGAAGAGGAAACAGGAUGGUGAAGUAGUGGAGUCGAAGGCUUCUAAGUUAGCAUCAUCAUCAGAUUCGAUACCGGCGAAACCACCGAAGAAGAAGAGGAAAAAGAAGGGCGGAGACGCUAUCGAAGAUCUGUUCGCCGGUUUGAUUUAAUUCUAGGAAUAAUUAGUGAAUUUGAUACCCCUAUUGAGCAACAAUACAAGCGAGUAAAUUUUGAUUCA